UUCAAUUUCGCCACAAAUCCUUUCUUCUCUCUGUCGGCGAGUGGUUUUUGGUUUGCGAUUUUCGUAUUUCGAUCGCAUUACAAUAAACUUUCGUUCUCGGAAUAUUUUGAGACUUGUUUGGAUCGAGAGAAAAUGGGGAUUCAAGACCAGGUAGGGAAAAUGCAGGUCCGUCAGGGGUACCGGAAUCUAUGGCACGCCGGUUUGAUGGAUACCGCGACCGCUGAUACUUCCUAUUUUUGCUUGGCAUGUCUCUGUGCUCCGUGUGUUUCAUACCUCCUACGCAAACGAGCUCUUUACAAUGAUAUGUCAAGGUACACAUGCUGUGCCGGAUAUAUGCCAUGCAGUGGAAAGUUUGGAGAAAGGCGCUGUCCUCAAUUGUGUCUUGUUACGGAGGUCUGCUGCUGCUUUUCAAGUUCAGUUUCCUCGACACGCUUUCUAAUCCAAGAUGAGUUCAAUAUACAAACAACACCGUGCGACAACUGCAUUAUUGGAUGUAUGCUCUGCCUCAGCCAAAUUGCGUGUAUAUGCUCCUUGAUCGCUUGCUUAACUGGAAGCGAGGAGCUCUCAGAUAUUUCCAGUGUGUUGAACUGUAUAGCUGACACGGUGUUUUGCUCGGUCUGUGCUUGCAUGCAGACCCAGCACAAGAUUGAACUGGACAAAAGGGAUGGCAAGCUUGGUCCGCCGCUCGUGAUGGCAGUUCCUCCGACGCAGCAGAUGUCACGGAAUGAUCAGCCAGUAUCUCCUCAUGCCGGAUAUCAACAUCCACACGCUGGAUGUUCACCUCCACCAACAGGAUAUCCAAAUCAACCGGCAGGAUAUCCAAAUCAACCGGCGGGAUAUCCACCGGCAGGAUAUCCAAACCAACAUGCGGGGUAUCCAAAUCAACAUGCAGGAUAUGGACAUCAGCCAGUAGGAUAUAUGCAUCCACCGGCAUAUGGGCAACCAGUAUAUCCUCCAGGGCCUAAACCUCACGCGUAUCCUCCUCCUCCAGAGUCAGGAGAAUUUCCUUACAACCUCGGACCUCCUCCUCCACCCCCUGGUUAUACUCCAGAAUCUGCAUCUGCUCCUCCGUAUCCUCCAGGACCUCCACCAAUUUCUCCUCUCGACGGUUAUCCUCAACCUCCUCCUCCUAGCCGCACCCAUCCCGAUCCUCCCAAGUGAUCUGAUGGUACAAUGCAGACCGAAAUUCUGUCACAUGGGUAUGAAAGUAGAUACAGGAAUUUCCUAAUUGAACUUCAUUUUUGAAACCAAAUUUGUUUCUUCCAUGUUGCCCUUAGAUUUUUUAUCACGUUCCGAGUCACUAAUAAGGGUAAUGUGGAGAAAGUCGUAAACAUGACCUUGUAUUAGUGGUUUGAGAAGCCACGAUAGUGUUGCGUUUGUUCCAUGAAAGUCUCUCAGGAGUCAAUUGGUCAUUGAUGGUUCUCACCUUCAUCAAGCUCCUAUUGUUAAGGGAAUGCAGAGAAGGCCAGACGAAUCAACGUGAUUUGUUACUUUAAAUUGCAACACUCGAGACUCUGAGAGUGGACUGCAAGGAAAGAAUGUUAAAAUGUCAAUACAAAGGUAUUUAAAAUUAAUCGUGGACUGUCAUGCAAAAAAAAUUGAAACAUAUAAUAAUACGUGAUUGGUUUGUAAUACAUAUGUAGUGACGUCAACACCGAUGCCAUUAAAGUGAGUUUAUCUCCUAAUGCCGUCGUCAAUGUCUAGUAGACUAGC